GUAUAUCUUGACAAAAAAUGUAAUUAGAUAAUAUAUUAGAUAAAGUCGAUAGAAAAUUUCUUAACAAUUGAGUGUCAUAUUUAAAUUAAUUAAGUAACUCGAUCUCUCUUUAUUUAAUUAUAGAGUAACUAUGUAAUUCUAUUAUAGCAGAAACAUUUAUAGAACGUCAAUUAUUUUUUUUUAUCAUUCAAUCGGAUGCUGUUUCAACAUAUCUGUGAAAGUUUGACCACAUGUACUACGAGAUACUAAAAGUUUCAGGUUUACCUCGCGGGAGACGUAUAAACAAUCCCAUAAGGAAUUUACUCGAACACUUUCAUGUUUCAUAAGACCGCAAAAUAUGUUCCAUAAAAUCGAGUUAACAUCUUUAAAAGCAUCGCGAAAUUGUACCUGCGCGUUUGUAUUAUUCUAUCUGGAUGCUGAUAUAUGUGCAACGAAAUGAUUUUCCGCGGUUUUAGAGGAAAUCGCGGUAAAGUUUGUGUGUGUGUGUGUGUGUGUGUUUUUUUUAAGAGCUAACAUUAUCGUCCUAGCUCGCACUCGUUGAAGCGAAUUGUUUAAUCAAUGUUUGUUUGCGCUUUUACUCGUUUGUUCGAUUCAAGAAUAUACUAAAUUCGGUUUUGUUACAUUAAUUAUUUGUAAGGAGAAAGAGAGAGAGAGAGAGGGGGGAAGAGAGAAUCUCCUUUACCAUCAAUACGAUACUCUAACAAUCUAAUCGACGACUGUUACCACGAUCUGUUAGACUAAUUUCAUGGAAACAAAGGAAAACGGUCCAUUGAGCGCGGAUGAUUAUCAUCCGAAGACCUCGAAACGUACCGCGGCGUUCACCUUCCUAUAAUGCAUAUAUAAAGACGUGAUUCACUUUCACUCUCAUUUAGUCGGUUUCGAAUCUUAUGUGUGUCCGUACGUCUUUUUUUUCUGACAUUAACUGUUACGUUGAACGACUUAAUUUUGCUACACGCCAGAUAAUAAAAAUGCGUGUUUCUCUUUUAAUCUUUUUCAUUACGAUCGCGAUAGUAACGGCUGAAAAUGAUGAAUCCUGGACAUGGAACGAUAAUAAACAGAAAACGAAUCGAGACAUUGAUGCCAGAUAUCAGGUGCACGAGCCUUCUGAACAUUUGAAUAGUUUUGACAAUGGCAUUCAAUUGGGAUUUAGACCUCAGAAUCCAGGCCCUUACGGUCCCAAUGGCAGACCACUUGCACCGGCAUACCAAGGCAGUAACGGCAUCCUCGUCGGUCCCAGUGGACCAACAGGAAUAAUUGGCAGACCUUCUCGUUUCGAACCAAAUGGACACGAUGAUAUUCUGGAUUCGGUACCGCCAUGGAUCAGAGACGAUCCCCGUUAUCGAGAGUUCGACACUUGUAAAUGCAGAUAUAGUUUCAAUUGUCCGUCACCCGGCUUGAAAUUCGGCCACUGCGCGAGAGAGAAAAAGUAUUGUUGUUUCAACAGCAAAAGAUUCCCAGGAUUGUCUGUAGGACAUCGUUACCCAUAUUAUCCUGAUGCGCCGACAUACGGGCCGAAUGGUUUUGCACCAACAUCGAAUUAUUAUGGCAAUCGAAGACCGUAUAACGACGGCUACCAACAUCCGUCUUUCGGUGAUUAUUAUUCAGGAUCACAUAGCGGCAGUUAUGGUCACCGUAAUGAGUUCGAGUCGUUACGGCCAUAUGGUUAUGAUCCGGAACUCGACGAUUAUGUCAUCUACGGGAGGUCAUUGAGCAAGAAUCAGACGCAACCAAACGAAGAGAAACCAAAGACGCACGAAAAUAUUAGAAAGUAACGAGUAAAUUCUUAUCAAUAUUUUGUCAUUCUCAAUGGUGAUGCCAAAGAUGUGACAGAGAUGCAGAGAGAUAUACAUCAUAUAUCUUAUAUAUCUAUAUAUUUUUAUUGCGCAAUUGUAUUGACACAUAGUUUAAGAGGAUUUAAAUUUAAUACAAACUUUUUGCAUUGAUAAUUCAUUUCAGUUAAAGUACAUGUGUAAUUUGUAACUGUAAAAAUUAUGAAUUAUCUAUAUCGUAAAUUUUAAUAAUGCCUCGUUUUUUAAUUUAUAAAAUAUACAUUGUUUUUUACCUUUAAACACUCUCUUUUAAGCUAACAAAUAUAAUCCCGAGUAAAUAAGUUUUGACUUAAAAAAAAAAUAAAUUACUUUAAAUUACCGUUUAAAUUUAUACGACGCAUAAUGAAAGAUUAAAUUUUUGAGCAAUAUAGCAAUUAUCC